GUAUUCCGCCAACCCACACAUCUCGAGGCGUUCAUUCCCCCGCCGGCAGAACAAGUUCCCCAGUCCAGGUCGUGGUCGGGCUCUCUCACCCUAACCCACCUCACCACUUCGCGGGGCAACUCCUUCGAAGAUGUAUUUGUGACUGCUGCCGAAACUGACGGCGACAACCGAAUGGAUCUUUGGCCCUCACACCUAUACGUCUACCUGAGCCAGCGCCGCGCCACUCUACACGACGUCUCUGAUUGGGUUAGACGAAACAAUCCACCCGUCUGCGCUUUCAUGCCCGACAGGCUUUCGGACCCGGCAGCCAACUUGGCCAACUCGGCAAGGUUCACAACAUUCUCUCGGCUUUUGUACGACAACCAAAUGGUCGCUUUUGCGCCCUGGAAUGCCCCAGACAGGCUUCCGGGUGCGGGCGUCAUGAUAUACCCCACACCGUCAUCAAGCUCGCUCCUUGUGGGCGCUCUCUUUUUAUCCGGAAACUUUCCCGAUUUUGUCACCUACUCCCAACAGGGACCCCCCACUCGUUCACACCCCCAGCACCCUCAGCAUCGACAAUCCCCAUAC